UCAAAACGCAUCAUGAAUGUUCACUUUUAUCUGCUUUCGAUGGUUGUUUUUACGUCGAUGCCGGUAAAAAGUGACAGACAAUUCAUGGAAGAGCCUCGAACUGAAGUAGAAUAUCAGCCAAUAGGGGAAGUCGAACGAAAAGAGGUGAACGAGUCAUCAGUUUCAGAAGUGUCUAGCAACCCACUUCCAGCUGAGCCCAAACAUGCUCAAGUUGUCAGUAUAGAACACGUGAGUAAUAUAGAUCCAUCUCAGACGUCCAUGCCAGCAUCAGUCUCUGUUCAUCUUCCUGAGGUACCAACAAUAAGUGGUAGGCCUCCUGGAAGCGAAGAAGAACCAGUUUCCCCUCUUGCUCUCGAGCCAGAGCCACCUGUGGUACAACUACCUCAACUUCCAUUCCCUUUGACGACACCAUCAACAUCGACCCCUGCAGGUUGCCAUAAAAUGAUGGACUUGGGCAUUCUGAUGGACUCCUCUCGUUACGUCUCUCCAUCACUUUGGGAACAAGAAAAGUCAAUUGUUGUGACUCUAAUGGAAAAACUUGACAUAACUCCACUUGGAACACAUAGCAGUGUAAUCACAUUCAGUUCAGAGGUGGAAUUUCCGAUCCCAUUCAAUGGAUACAAAGACAAGGUUGAUCUAAAGAGGAAAGUCGCGGAGUUACCUUAUAAUUACCGCGAUGGAUUGUCUCGGAUAGAUCUUGGAUUGACUGCAGUCAUGGGGCAAAUGUUUGUUCCACGAGAUGGAGUCAGGAACCUGAAUAAAGUGCCAAGGGCUCUUUUGGUGUUAACCAACGGAAGAACAGACGGAUCACAAAGUGCAAAGAUCUUUCAAGCUGUUGAUGAUCUCAAAGAUGCUCAAAUAAAAGUCAUGUUCGUAAAACUGGGAAAUUUAAGAAAUCAAGAUUUCUCAGCGAUUGCAAGGAGUAAUUCUUUGGUUUUUAGCGAGAAUGACAUCGAGGGGCUGUCUGAGGCAUUGUUGGAUACGUGUGCUGAAAUCUGCAGCAAUGAAAAGAGUACAAAACCAGUGACGUUAGCAGCAUCAGUACCACCCACUGCACCUACACCUCCUCCUUGGCCUGCACCUCAACCUCCACCAGCUCCCUAUCCUGCACCCAUUCCGCAGCCUCCUUCUCAGUGUCUAUUUCCCGAAUGCAAGUUUCCUUUGGUUUGUGUUCAAGCUUCGAUUUAUGCGACUUGUGUUCCUCCUCCUGCUCCAUCAGCAUCCACCAACAAUUCAUGUUCUACACAUGGCCCAUGCCUAACAACAGUUAUCAAGACAGCGACUGAUACAACAACUUUAGUAUCAACCAGCACUCAAACAGAAACAAGUACAGCAGUUGCUACCAUAACGAACACUGAAAGAACAACAAAUACAGCACUGACCACACAGACCCACACACAGACAGAUGUUGUCACUGCAACUUCUACUCUGACUACUACAAAUACACAAGUAGCCACCAGCACUUAUCACACCACAGAAACAAGCACAGCUGUAUUAACGAGUCACCAGCCAGUAACCAGCACGAAGACUCUGACAACUACAAGUACAAGGAUAGUAAAUACCACUGACACUCAUACUAUGACUACUACAGAUGUGAUAAGAACGACAGCAACAACUACAAACAUUGUGACGAGUACUGCAAACAAAACUAACACACACACCUUAACAACGACUAAAACAGACACAGUUACUAGCACAGGAAUUACAACAAGCGCUUUACUGACCACAGCCACUACAACAAACACCGUUAAUACCACUCAUCUCGCGACAAAAACACUAACUAAAACUCUGACUACAGUGGCAACGCAAACUUCAACUUCAACGUAUAAUGCCACAAAUGUUAUUACUGCUACGACAACAUCUACAGCUACAGCCACCAGUACUGCUGUUUUGACAGCAACAAGCACUGCUAAGACCACGGAAACAAUGACGGCAACCAGUACAGCAGUCCUGACACAGACUUUGACCAACACUCACAACCAAACAUUAACACAAACUAAGACACUGACAGCAACCUCUACCAGUGUGGUAACCACUUGUAGCGCUAACUGCACCAAGAUAGAACCGACUCCCAGUCGCUCAACGAACACACCUACAGUGUCCUCUUCGAUGAGACCAGAGCCAGAAGCACCAGGCUGCGCCGUCAAUUACACCAAGUUAGGUUGUUUCAAAGAUGACAGAAAGAAACCCCGCCCAUUACCAGAGCUGCUUUUUACUGAUCGCGACUCACGUAGUGAGGUCUUCAGCGGGAAGACCAUAGAUUGGAAUAACUGGGACACAUAUAUGAUUGAUUUGGUUUGCAGAUGCGCUAAGGCGGCCAAAGCAAAGAAAUACAACUAUUUCAGCCUUCAGUACUUUGGCGAGUGUUGGUCUGGACCGGAAGCUGGAGAGACAUAUAAUCGGGCUGGAAGUUCUGAUAAGUGUGUUACCAAAGGUUUCAAGAAAUGUGAUCCUAGCAACAAACAAGAGUGUGUCGGCGACAAGAACAUCAAUUUUGUUUAUGGAAUUGAUGUAACAGUGCCGGUGACCACUCCAACUCAGACUCCCUCUACUACUCCACCGGUGACAUCAGUAACGGUAUCAACCUCGACCCAGCCUCCUUCUCCAACAUCACCAGUUAAACCCGAGCCAACUCCCAGUCACCCAGCCACACCUGUCGUGUCUUCCUCCGUGACACCAAACCCAGCAACUCCAGGCUGCACUGUCAAUUAUACCAAGUUAGGUUGUUUCAAAGAUGACAGAAAGAAACCCCGCCCAUUACCAGAGCUGCUUUUUACUGAUCGCGACUCACGUAGUAAGGUCUUCAGCGGGAAGACCAUAGAUUGGAAUAACUGGGACAAAUAUAUGAUCGAUUUGGUUUGCAGAUGCGCUAAGGCGGCCAAAGUAAAGAAGUACAACUAUUUUAGCCUUCAACACUUUGGCGAGUGUUGGUCUGGACCGGAAGCGGGGGAGACUUAUAAUCGGGCGGGAAGUUCUGACAAGUGCGUCACCAAAGGUUUUGAAAAAUGUGAUCCUAACGACAAACAAGAGUGCGUCGGCGAUAAGAAGAUCAAUUUUGUUUAUGGAAUUGAUGUUACAGGAACAGUUAUCACUCCAACAAAGCCUGCUACUCCAACACCACCAGAGGAGCCCUUAUGUGAUCAAGCUUUGGAUAUUGGGGUGGUCAUUGACUCGUCAGAUAGCAUAACAUUGGAGGAUUACAACCUGUGCUUGAAUUUUGUGGCCGAUUUAGCCAAGCGUUUUAAAGUAUCAGAACAGGAGACUCAUUUUGGAGCGAUAGUAUUCAGCACAACACCUCAGCUUCAAUUCAGUUUCGCGGACAAAGAAUUUUACAAACUUAAACGCCUGAGAAAGAAGAUAAGGAGUUUUCCUUAUUUGGCAGAGGGAACUAGAACGGACUUGGCCCUUACUCUUGCUGACUUGGAGCUGUUUUCUGAGCAGGGAGGAGACCGGCUCUAUAAGCCUGAUGUUUUGAUUGUUAUUACUGAUGGAAGAACUCACCCUGUGUUAAGCAAACCAUACCCAGAGGUUUUACAACCACUCCAGGCUAAGAAUGUUAGUGUCAUAGCUGUUGGCGUUGGAAAGGAUGCGGAUAGUAAGGAGUUAACAGCCAUAGCCAUGAAUGAUAAGAGUCACGUGUUAAAGGUCGAUCAGUACAAAGAUUUGGUAAAAAUUCUCGACGUUCUCUUAAAAGAAUCAUGCAAUAGAGCUAAACCUCUUACCGCCAUCAAAACACCUCCUCUGUCACCUACAAUGGCUGCUAACCUUCGUAAAUGUAACAUCGAGUACCAAAAGCUUGGCUGCUUUGUGGAUAAGGAGCGUAAGACUAGUGCACUUGCUCUACCUGAAAAGAUGUUGAACGAAAUCGUAAACUGGGAUCAGUGGAAUGUUUGGCUUCCAGAUUUCGUGUGCAGAUGCGCCAACUUAGUUUAUGAGAAAAACUAUCAUGUGUUUGGGAUUCAUUUUUUUGGAGAGUGCUGGUCUGGUGUCAAGGCCGGUGAUACAUACAAUAUGUAUGGUGCAGCAGAGCAGUGUUUAGAUACCAACCAACAGCAGUGUGGCGCCCAGUCAGUCGGAGACUGCUCAGGAGACCAGAAUUCGAGUUUCGUCUAUCGCAUUGUUAUCUCUCAAGGUGCACAAGUAGAACCCUCUCCAGUCCCUGAGACAGCUAUAAAAAGAGAUGGAUUAAAGGAGAACUGUCUGGUGGACUUCACAAAGAGAGGUUGUUUUAAAGAUUUGCAAAGUCGGAGACCUUUGCCGCAACUGAUGUUAACAGAUCUUGACAUGAACAACGCCAAGUUUAGCGGUUUCUCAGUAGACUGGGGAAGCUGGAACAGUUAUCUGGAGGAUGUCGUUUGCCGUUGUGCUCAGAUUUCGCGAUCAAAAGGUUUUGAUUAUUUUGGACUGGCAAAUUUUGGUGAAUGUUGGUCUGGAAAAGAUGCUGGAAAGACAUAUGAAAAAGAAAGCAGUUCUCCAUUCUGCAUUACAAAAGAAUUCGCUGAAUGUAAUACAGAAGAUGAAAGUGUUUGCAGUGGAAACAAGACCACUGCGUUCAUCUAUAGUGUGAAAGAGAAUAUGAACACCAAGAAAGGUAAUCAUGGAAGCGUACACUGAGUGGAAUAAUUAGUCGUUAGUCAUAAUGUAUUUACUCUUUUACAUGUACGACCUCUUAACGCACUGAUCACAAUUCAUUGAAAGAAAUUUAAAGAAAUUGCAGAAAGGAACCUGUAAAAAUUCAGACUCGAACGGGAUUUGA